AUGUUUCGUAACUUUUCUCGACGAUUUGCUUCCUCAUCAGCAGGAAGUGCUUUCCGUUCUGGUCAUCAUCAAUUUAAACUUAAUAAUUCAGUGAGAUCAUUCUCAUCAUCAUCGGCUGGAUCCGGAACAUCUACACUCUCGCCAGCCAUGAAGAGUAUUAUUUCGGGUGGCUUGUUGUUGGGUGCGGGCUAUUAUUUGACCAAGACAAUGAAUCAACCUAAUGAAACCUUUGGAAGAUUUGAUACCACCAAUGAAUUACAAUUGGCACAACAACGUUUGGUUCAGCCAGACAUGACGAGAGGAAGUGGAUUGGAUCCUAUUGUUCAAAGAUAUUUACGUGGAACCUUUGGAUAUGUGGCUUUGAACGUUGCUUUGACUACCGUGGCUGCUGUUGCUGCUUUCAAGUCUGGAUUGGCAUUUAAAUUGGCAACCAUGAACCCAUGGGCCAGCGUUCUUCUUUUUACUGGUGGUUUCAUUGGUACUGCAAUGGCCACGCGAGCUGUUGAUAUUAAUACCAACAGAGCUUUGAAGCAUACCCUCCUCGUUGCUUUUAACACACUGGUUGGUAUGUCUCUCUGCACCAUUGGUUUCGUCUAUAGACCAGAAAUUAUUUUGAGAGCUGCAUUGUACACUGCUGGUAUCUUUGGUGCUCUUUCCUAUGUUGCUAUGAAUGCUCAUCAAGAGAAGUUUUUGAACAUGGGAGGUGCUUUAUUGGCUGGUUUGACAGUUGUGUUCUUGUCUUCAUUUGCUCCAUUGGUGUUGCCUGCCACCAUGACUAGAACAUUGCAAGUGACUGAAUAUAUUUGGCUCUAUGGUGGUUUGUUGUUGUUUGGAUUGUUUGUUCUCUAUGAUGCUCAAAAGGUGAUUCAAAAGGGAAACAAUUACAAGAUGUAUGUGGAGAGCGAGCAAGCAAGAGGAACACCAGCUCACUUAAUUCGUCAACCUGACUAUAUUAACUCAUCUCUUGGAUUGUAUACUGAUGUGGUCAAUAUUUUCAUUCGUCUUCUCUAUAUUCUUGGUGGAAAUAACAGAAGAAAGUAA